AUGGUUUCCAAGUUUUUCCCCUCUGCGCUGUAUGAUCCGAGGAGCGAGGAGCUAGAGGAUCGAGAGGAUCAGUCCAUUCUUUGCACAGGCGAAUCAGGGGCCGGCAAAACAGAAAACACCAAAAAAGUCAUUCAGUACCUGGCCUACGUUGCCUCGUCACACAAGGGACGCAAAGACCACAACAUUCCUCCAGAAUCGCCCAAACAAGUGAAACAGAGUGGAGCCCUGUUUUAUGGAGAAUUGGAACGGCAGCUUUUACAGGCCAACCCCAUCCUGGAAUCUUUUGGGAAUGCUAAGACUGUGAAAAAUGACAACUCAUCCAGAUUUGGAAAAUUCAUUCGUGUCAACUUUGAUGUUACCGGUUAUAUUGUUGGGGCCAAUAUUGAAACUUAUUUACUAGAGAAGUCGAGAGCUAUUCGACAAGCCAAAGAUGAACGCACCUUCCACAUAUUCUACCAGCUUUUGGCUGGAGCUGGAGAGCACCUCAACACUGACCUACUCUUGGAAGGAUUCAACAAAUACCGUUUUCUGUCAAAUGGAAACCUCCCUAUCCCGGGUCAGCAGGACAAAGACAACUUCCAUGAAACGAUGGAGGCCAUGCACAUCAUGAGCUUUGGACACGAGGAAAUCGUAGCCAUGCUGAAGGUGGUGUCAGCAGUGCUUCAGUUUGGAAACAUUAUUUUCAAAAAGGAGAGAAACACGGACCAAGCUUCAAUGCCUGAUAAUACUGCUGCUCAGAAACUUUGUCAUUUACUGGGAAUUAAUGUGAUGGAGUUCACCCGAGCCAUCCUGACCCCGAGGAUUAAAGUGGGAAGAGACUACGUCCAGAAAGCGCAAACUAAAGAGCAGGCGGAUUUUGCCAUUGAGGCCUUAGCCAAAGCAACAUAUGAGCGCCUGUUCCGCUGGCUUGUCCACCGGAUCAACAAAGCUCUGGACAGGACCAAACGGCAAGGAGCAUCUUUCAUUGGCAUCCUGGACAUAGCAGGCUUUGAGAUUUUUCAGUUGAACUCGUUCGAGCAGCUGUGCAUCAACUAUACGAAUGAGAAGCUGCAGCAGCUGUUCAACCACACCAUGUUCAUCCUGGAGCAGGAGGAAUACCAGCGCGAGGGCAUCGAGUGGAGCUUCAUCGACUUUGGCCUUGACCUGCAGCCCUGCAUCGACCUCAUCGAAAAGCCGGCCAACCUCCCAGGGGUCUUGGCUCUGCUCGAUGAGGAGUGCUGGUUCCCCAAAGCCACAGACAAGACCUUUAUUGACAAGUUAAUCCAAGAGCAGGGGACACACCCCAAGUUCCAGAAACCAAGGCAGCUGAAAGACAAAGCAGACUUUUGCAUCAUUCACUAUGCUGGCAAGGUGGAUUAUAAGGCUGAUGAAUGGCUUAUGAAGAACAUGGAUCCCCUUAAUGACAAUGUGGCCACUCUCCUUCAUCAAUCAACUGACCGAUUCGUGGGAGAGCUUUGGAAAGAUGUGGACCGUAUCGUGGGCUUGGACCAGGUGGCUGGGAUGAACGAGACUGCUUUUGGUGCUACCUACAAAACAAAAAAGGGCAUGUUUCGUACAGUGGGCCAGCUCUAUAAAGAGUCCCUCACAAAACUUAUGGCUACUUUACGAAACACUAACCCCAACUUUGUGCGGUGUAUCAUCCCCAACCAUGAAAAGAGGGCUGGUAAACUGGAGCCUCACCUGGUUCUGGACCAACUGCGCUGUAAUGGAGUCCUGGAGGGGAUCCGAAUCUGCAGACAGGGCUUCCCCAACCGUAUCGUCUUCCAGGAGUUCAGACAGAGAUAUGAGAUACUGACACCAAAUGCAAUCCCCAAGGCUUUCAUGGAUGGAAAACAGGCGUGCGAGAGAAUGAUACAAGCCUUGGAGCUGGACCCCAACCUGUACCGCAUUGGCCAGAGUAAGAUUUUCUUCCGGACUGGAGUCUUGGCCCAGCUGGAGGAGGAGAGAGACUUGAAGAUCACAGACAUAAUCAUAUACUUCCAGUCUGUGUGUCGUGGAUAUUUGGCACGCAAGGCUUUUGCAAAAAAACAGCAGCAGUUGAGUGCCCUAAAGGUGCUGCAGAGGAACUGUGCCGCCUACUUAAAGCUGCGACACUGGCAGUGGUGGAGGCUCUUUACCAAGGUGAAGCCUCUUCUGCAGGUGACCAGGCAGGAGGAGGAGCUACAAGCCAAAGAUGAGGAGCUAAUAAAGGUUAAAGAACGGCAACUCAAGGUGGAAAAUGAGCUCGUGGAGACGGAGAGAAAAUACCAACAGCUCGUGGAGGAGAAAAACAUACUGGCUGAGCAGCUUCAGGCAGAGACGGAGCUGUUUGCAGAAGCUGAGGAGAUGAGAGCGCAACUGGCAUCAAAGAAACAAGAGCUGGAGGAAAUCCUGCACGACCUGGAGUCUCGCUUGGAGGAGGAGGAGGAGAGGAACCAGAGCAUACAGAACGAGAAGAAGAAGAUGCAAGCACACAUACAGGAUUUGGAGGAACAGUUGGAUGAGGAGGAGGCUGCUCGACAAAAACUACAGCUGGACAAAGUCACGGCUGAGGCCAAGAUUAAGAAGAUGGAGGAGGACAUUUUGCUGCUCGAAGAUCAAAAUUCUAAGUUUCUUAAGGAGAAAAAAAUGUUGGAAGACAGGAUUUCUGAAACAACAUCACAACUUGCAGAGGAAGAAGAAAAAGCAAAGAACCUUGGAAAAAUUAAAAACAAGCAAGAACUGAUAAUGAUCGAUUUGGAAGAGCGUUUGAAGAAAGAGGAGAAAACUCGGCAGGAGCUGGAGAAAGCCAAGCGUAAACUUGAUGCUGAAAACACAGAUCUCCAAGACCAGAUUGUGGAAGUCCAGGCUCAGAUUGACGAGCUGAAGAUUCAUCUGGCAAAGAAGGAAGAGGAGCUCCAGACAUUAUUAGCCAGGACUGAUGAGGAGACUCUGCAGAAGAACAAUGCUCUGAAGCAGGUGCGUGAGCUGCAGGCACAGCUGGCUGAGCUGCAGGAAGAUCUGGAGGCCGAGAGGAUUUGUCGAAGUAAAGCUGAGAAACUGAAGAGAGACCUGAGUGAGGAGCUGGAGGCGCUGAAGACAGAGCUGGAAGACACUCUGGACACCACAGCCGCGCAGCAGGAGCUCAGGACGAAGCGUGAGCAGGAGGUCGCAGAACUUAAGAAGGCCAUCGAAGAAGAGGCUAAGAACCACGACGCUCAAAUCCAAGAGAUGAGGCAAAGACACAGUGUGGCUCUGGAGGAGCUGUCGGAGCAGCUCGAACAGGCCAAAAGGUUCAAGGCCAACCUGGAGAAAAACAAGCAGAGCCUGGAGAAUGACAACAAAGAGCUGGGGUCGGAGGUGAAGAGUCUUCUUCAAGCUAAGGCUGACUCAGAGCAUCGCAGGAAGAAACUGGAGGCACAAGUGCAGGAGUUCAUGAGUCGUGCCACUGAGGCUGAAUUAGCCAAAGGAGAACUAUCCGAACGCUCUCACAAAACACAGUUGGAGCUCGACAACGUUUCUUCCAUGUUAGAAGAAGCAGAGAAGAGAGGUAUCAAACUGACCAAGGACGUGGAGAGUCUGGAGAGCCAGUUACAAGACACUCAGGAGUCCCUCAAAGAAGAAACUCGACAGAAGUUAAACUUGAGCAGCCGCAUCCGCCAGCUGGAGGAGGAUAAAAACAGUCUGUUAGAGCAGCAAGAAGAGGAGGAAGAAUCAAGACGCAACACAGAGAAACAGCUGCAGGCCGUGCAAGCUCAGCUGUGUGACUCCAAGAAGAGGCUGGACAGUGACACGUCUGUAAUGGAGAACCUGGAAGAGUCCAAGAGGAAGCUUCAGAAGGACUUGGAGCUAUCGCAGCAGUGUCUGGAGGAGAAGAGCAUGGCCAUGGACAAACUGGAGAAGACAAAGUCCAGACUUCAGCAGGAGCUGGAAGACAUCAUGAUCAGCUUGGAUCAACAGAGACAAGUGGCAUCCAACCUGGAGAAGAAGCAGAAGAAAUUUGACCAGUUACUGGCGGAAGAGAAGACGAUCUCUGCUCGUUACGCAGAAGAGCGGGAUCGUGCUGAAGCAGAGGCCAGAGAGAAAGAGACCAAACUCUUGUCUUUGGCCAAAGCUCUGGAGGACAUGACUGAAGCCAAAGAGGAACUGGAACGGUUCAACAAACAGCUGCGUGUUGAAAUGGAGGACCUGAUGAGCUCCAAGGACGACGUGGGCAAAAAUGUGCAUGAGCUGGAGAAGUCCAAACGCACCCUGGAGCAGCAGGUGGACGAGAUGAGGACUCAGCUGGAGGAGCUGGAGGACGAGCUUCAGGCCACAGAAGACGCCAAGCUGCGUCUGGAGGUGAACAUGCAGGCCAUGAAGGCCCAGUUCGACAGAGACCUUCAGACCAGAGAUGAGCAGGGAGAGGAGAAGAAGAGGGGUCUGGUCAAACAGGUGCGAGAGAUGGAGGCAGAGCUGGAGGAUGAAAGGAAGCAGAAGACACUGGCUGUAGCUGCCAAGAAAAAGUUGGAGAUGGACCUUAAUGAACUCGAAGGGCAGAUCGAAGGGGCAAACAAGGGCCGAGACGAAGCCAUCAAACAGCUGCGCAAACUGCAGGCUCAGAUGAAGGAUUAUCAGCGAGAGCUGGAGGAGGCCCGAGCCUCCAGAGACGAGAUCUUCACUCAGUCCAAAGAAAAUGAAAAGAAGCUCAAAGGUCUUGAAGCCGAACUCUUGCAGCUGCAGGAGGACUUUGCUGCGUCGGAGCGAGCGCGUCGCCAUGCUGAGCAGGAGAGAGAUGAGCUGUCUGAUGAGAUCUCCAACAGUGCAUCUGGAAAGUCCUCUCUGCUGGACGACAAGAGGAGGCUGGAGGCUCGAAUCUCUCAGUUGGAGGAGGAGCUGGAGGAGGAGCAGGGCAACAUGGAGCUGGUCAAUGACCGCCUCAAGAAGAGCGGCCUUCAGGUGGACACUCUCACCAGUGAACUGGCAGCCGAGCGCAGUACGGCACAAAAAGCAGAGAAUGCCAGGCAGCAGCUGGAGCGCCAAAACAAGGAGCUGAAAGCCAAACUGGCGGAGCAGGAGGGCUCUGUGAAGGCCAAGUUUAAGGCCUCUAUCACGGCUCUCGAGGCAAAGAUCCUGCAGAUGGAGGAGCAGCUGGAGCAAGAGGGAAAAGAGAGAGCAGCUGCCAACAAAGUGGUGCGUCGCACUGAGAAGAAGCUGAAGGAGGUGAUGAUGCAGGUGGAGGAUGAGCGUCGCCAUGGAGACCAGUUCAAGGAGCAGAUGGAGAAGGCCAACGCUCGCAUGAAGCAGCUGAAGCGGCAGUUGGAGGAGGCGGAGGAGGAAGCGAGUCGAGCCAACGCUUCGAAAAGAAAACUCCAGAGAGAACUGGAUGAUGCCACAGAAGCCAGUGAAGGCCUGACACGCGAGGUCACCUCCCUCAAGAACAGACUCAGGCGUGGAGGACCGGUGAGCACCUUCUCCUCCUCGAGCCGCUCAGGACGACGUAACCUCAACCUGGACGGUGCGUCUGGAGACAUGUCGGAUGAUGACGCAGACAGCCGUGCUAGCGACUUCAAUGACACUCAACCCACCAACGCAAACGAGUAA